AUGCGCAUGCCCAGUUCAUUUGCAUAGAUCCGGGGUUUCCGACAUCAUUGGGAUAGUAAUGGCGGCCACGAUGUUCUGAAACAUCUCGGAUUGUACGGUUACACAACGUACUGUUAUGACCAAAUACUAAACAUAACCAUUAACUAACGAAAGAAGAAGUAUCCUAGACCAUGUCUAAUCAACAGUCGGCUAAGACAAGCUUAAAAUCAAGCGGGUUAUUCGACAACGAUAGGUCGCCAUCGAUUUCGGAAUCCGACUCAGAAGAAGAAGAAGAUGAUGAUUUAGACAACGCAAGCCUCGAAAGUGCAGCCGCGAUGGAGUACAUUCUGAACACCAAGCGGAGUGAAUUAACCUCUAAGCUGAUGCUUCCGGGCUCAGAUGGUCUUAGUAAAUAUGAUUUGCACAAAAUGGACCCUGAGACCCAAGCACGAUUGGGUGCUCUCUUUGAGGCUGCAGGAAUGGGGAAACUGGCCGACGGCAAGGUGUUUGCUGACCCCGAGGUGCUGCGGCGAUUGACGUCCUCAGUUAGCUCAGCACUGGAUGAGGCUGCUGCGGCCCUUACUAGAAUGAGGGCUCAGAACAGCACUUUGCCGUCAUCUCCAAACCACACUGGAGAAACAGGAGACCUAUCGUUUUUAGGGGCUCGCAGCCUUGCUGAUGCCUGCUUAGAGGGUGACGUUGGGGCGGUGCGUCAGCUGCUGGAAGAAGGCUGGAGUGUACAUGAGCCAACUGACGAAGGGGAGAGUCUCCUCUCACUGGCUUGCUCUGCAGGCUACUAUGAGCUAGUGCAAGUCCUGCUAGCCAUGGAGGCAAGCGUUGACGACCGAGGAAGCAAGGGCGACUGUACUCCGUUGAUGGAGGCAGCCAGUGGUGGUUAUGUUGAGAUUGUCAAGCUGCUAUUAGACAACAUAGCUGACGUGAAUGCCCAGUCACAGGCCGGAAACACUGCCCUCAUCUACGCUUGUUGUGGGGGGUAUGAAGAUGUUGUCAAGCUCUUACUGGAACAUGGUGCCGAUAUAGAGGUCCAUAAUGAGAAUGGGCACACCCCGCUGAUGGAGGCGGCCAGUGGUGGUCAUGUGGGUGUGGCUAAACUGUUGCUGGAAAAUGGAGCGUGCAUCAACUCCCAUUCCAAUGAGUUCAAGGAGAGUGCUCUGACACUUGCCUGUUACAAAGGUCACCUGGAUAUGGUGAAAUUCUUGCUAGAUGCUGGGGCUGACCAGGAACACAAAACAGAUGAAAUGCACACAGCUUUGAUGGAGGCUUCCAUGGAUGGGCACGUAGAGGUAGCACGGCUCCUCUUGGACCAUGGUGCACAGGUUAACAUGCCAGCUGACAGCUUUGAGUCCCCCCUGACCCUUGCGGCUUGCGGUGGGCAUGUCGAGCUGGCAACCUUGCUGAUUGAGAGGGGUGCUUACCUGGAGGAAGUCAACGAUGAAGGGUAUACGCCAUUAAUGGAGGCGGCAAGGGAAGGCCAUCUGGAGAUGGUGUCACUCCUACUAGACCAUGGUGCUGACAUUCAUGUCCAGACAGAAGAGACUCAGGAGACAGCUCUCAGCCUAGCAUGCUGUGGAGGUUUCCAGGAUGUAGCUGCCUAUCUGCUGCAAGCUGGUGCCGAUAUUGAGCAAGGCUCGUCCACUCCACUCAUGGAGGCAGCCCAGGAAGGUCAUGUGGAUCUUGUAAAGUUUCUUCUUGAACAAGGGGCUGACGUUAACGCUACCACAGCCACUGGAGACACUGCUCUAUCCUUUGCUUGUGAAAAUGGCCAUACAGAUGUUGCUGAUGUCUUGCUUCAGUCUGGCGCUGACCUGGAACAUGAAUCAGAAGGUGGACGCACUCCUCUCAUGAAGGCAGCCAGGGCAGGGCACCUCUGCACGGUACAGUUUCUGAUAAGCAGAGGCGCUGAUGUAGACCGACAGACCUCUAACAAUGACCAUUCUGUGCUCUCUCUUGCUUGUGCUGGUGGUCACUUGGCUGUUGUGGAGUUGCUGCUUGCUCAUGGCGCUAACCCAUACCAUAAGCUAAAGGAUGGAUCCAACAUGGUUAUUGAGGCAGCAAAAGGAGGGCAUGCAGCUGUUAUAUGUUACCUUCUUGAAAACCCCAUUCCUGGAACUCCUCCUGACCUUCAGCUAUCAAUGCAUACGUCUAUGGCCAUCCCUUCUGUGCCACCCCCCAGGGUUCCUCCAACUCAUGCCAGUCAACCUCCAGUUCUUGAACAUCAAGAUCUGUUACCAGACUUGAGUGCGUUUGGUCCUGAAGGUCUUGCUCUGGGUCAGCUGCCUCUAGCACCUCCCACCUCGCCGCUCUGUGAAUUACAGGAGUCUCUGCUACUUCCAGAUAUGCCAAUUACAUCUUCGGCAAUGGCUCCUACCUUCCCUUUGUUGAGCCAAUCAAUUCCAAGCAUGUCAACUACAAACAAUGCACAUGUGACAUCAAUCGCUGUCCAGACGGAUAACAAAGUAAUAACAGAGAAGUUACAGCUGAUUCAGGGAAAGCUUGCAAAGGCGUUAAAAAAUGCAAACAUCCCUCUUGACUCGAAUGUUAUCCCCAAGGAGCUACUCACCACCGACCUAUCCCAUUUUGACCUUGACGGGGAUGAUGUGCCGGCCCCACCUGCUCCCUUCUUGGUACCCAACAUGUGUGGAGAGCUAACACCUGAAGAACAUGCCCAGUUGGAAGGCCUGAUGGUCGCAGAGCCUGCUCAGACACUGCACGACACAAUUGGGGACAUGCUUUCUAAUUCAUCCAGCAAUGACAGCUCUCCACCUACGCCUCCCGAACUCAGCACCUCGUCGCUCCCUCUCACGCCUAGCCCAUCACCUGUCUCACCUCCUUUCACUGCAGCCUUUGACGUGGACCAGCAGACUGACAGCAACCAUGACACGGCGCUAACUCUGGCAGCAGCCGGUGGCCAUGAUGAGCUAGUGCAGCUAUUGCUAGCCAAGGGUUCUGACAUUGAGCACAGAGACAAGAAAGGCUGUACUCCUCUUAUCCUGAGUGCGACUGCUGGCCACAACUCCACUGUGGAGAUCCUGAUGGAACAUGGAGCGGAUAUUGAGGCGCAGUCGGACAGAACUAAAGACACUGCGCUCUCUUUGGCUUGCUCAGGCGGUAGACAAGAGGUUGUUGAGCUGUUAAUUGCCAAAGGUGCCAACUUUGAGCACCGUAACGUGUCAGACUACACCCCGCUCAGUCUUGCCGCAUCUGGAGGCUACGUUGGCAUCAUCAAGCUGCUCCUCAGUCAUGGUGCAGAGAUCAACUCCCGCACUGGCAGCAAGCUGGGUAUCUCCCCCCUUAUGCUAGCUGCCAUGAAUGGACACACGUCUGCUGUCAAGCUGCUGUUGGACAUGGGUAGUGACAUCAAUGCACAGAUCGAGACCAAUAGGAACACAGCACUGACGCUGGCGUGCUUCCAGGGGCGCCAUGAGGUUGUGAGCCUGCUAGUGGACAGGAAGGCAAACAUUGAGCACCGGGCCAAGACUGGGCUCACACCCCUGAUGGAAGCAGCCUCUGGUGGCUACGUCGAGGUGGGCCGUAUCCUCCUCGACAGGGGUGCUGAUGUGAACGCCCCUCCUGUACCCUCAUCCCGGGACACUGCCCUCACCAUUGCCGCUGACAAGGGCCACUACAAGUUCUGUGAGCUACUGCUGUACCGUGGUGCCAUGGUGGACGUGAAAAACAAGAAAGGCAAUUCUCCUCUCUGGCUAGCUGCUAACGGUGGUCACCUUGAGGUCUGUCAGCUUCUGUUCAGCUAUGGUGCAGACUUUGACAGUCAGGAUAACCGCAAGGUGACGGUGUUGAUGGCAGCAUUCCGCAAAGGACAUAUUAAGGUUGUCAAAUGGCUUGUCAAACACGUCCAUCAGUUCCCAUCAGACUCGGACUGCACUCGAUUCAUCAGCACAAUUUCUGAUAAGGAUCUGUUGAAACGCUGCCAUCAGUGCAUGGAGAUCAUUGUCACUGCCAAAGAUCGUCAGGCAGCAGAAGCCAACAAAAACGCCUCAAUCCUCUUAGAGGAGAUUGACCUGGAAAAAGAACGGGAGGAGCUGAAGAAAGCUGCCGCUGCCCGCCGCAGGGACAAGAAGAAACAGAAGAAGAAGAAGAAGCUCACACAGGACAAGGAUGUGGAGACUGAAAACAAGAACAACGAGGAGAAAGAGAAGCUGGAGGAUGAUGCCGACCAGGAUCACCAGAGUAACGACAGUGAAGGCGAGGGUAGCAAUGAGAGAACCAAGUCACCUAUCUCGUCUAUCAUUGACAAUACCAACUCUCAGAAAAGUGACACCGACAGGAAGCUAUCGUCUGAUACCUUGGGUACCUUGACAACUAUGGCCAUCUCUGCAGCUAUUUCCUCCUCCUCAGCCACCAAGCCCCUUGAUGUGUCGAGCGUCAUCACGUCAGAGUUCACGAAAGCAGUGGCGUCCACCAUCAUGACCAUAACCCAGGCCACCCCCCACAGUGCGCUAUCGCCCAUCACCGUUGCCACGGCAGCGGCUCAGUGUCUGGCCGUUACCCUGACAACAUCUCACCCUAUUACCAAGAUGUCAGUGAUGCCGAGUCCCAAGAAGGGCAAGCGGCAUGAGGAGGGAUGGAAGGAGGUUGUGCGAAGAUCUAAGAAGAUGUCUGUUUCGUCGUCGGUGGUGAGCCGCAUCAUUGGACGUGCAGGGUGCAACGUGAACGCCAUCCGCGAGACGACAGGCGCGCACAUUGACAUCGACACUAGUCGUCAGAAGAGUACUGGAAGCUGUAUUAUUACUAUAAAGGGCCCUGCAGAUGCCACCCGCCAAGCACACCACCUCAUAUCCGCACUGAUCAAGGACCCAGAGUGUGACAUCAAUGAUGUGCUACCUCGCCGCAAGACUCCAUUGUCACCACGCACCCUCAGCUCCUUCCCAAUAGCAACUAGCAUGACUACUGUGACCACAGUGACUUCCUCUGCCAAACCCCUAAUCCGAGAAACCUGUGCUGCAACACUACCUAGCCCAGCCCUCAAGCUCUCCGGCAAGACAAAGCCAACCCCAGCCAUCCCCUCAUCAGGUUCCACUGCCAUCACAGCCAAGACUACAACCUCUGGGAGCAACCACGAGAAAGUCAAUGCUGCUUCUCAUAUACCAAGCUCUGCCAAGUGGGGGUUGACAGCACAUGGUGGGGGAAAGAAGAAGUCCCCAGGAAAGAGUGAACACAUCCUGGGUAAUGGCGUCCCAACUUCUUCUUCCAAGCGCUAUAUCUCCGGCAAACUGGUCACAACUACCACGGUGACAACCAUGGUUAUCAGCACUCCCAGGAUAUCUCCUGCUAAGAGACAGCUCUUCCCGGACAAGACAGUGGUAGUGACUACCCAGUCAACAACCAGUAAGACCAAGCGUGUGCCCAGUAGCUCGCUAAGCUACUCCUCAGUGGCUAUGGGUGCUCAGGGUGGACCGGAUCCUUCACAACCAACGGCACUGGCUAAGCCUGUAGUAAAUGGACCAGUCAUCUCCAAACCAUCAGCAAUGGUGACCUGCACUGUGGCACCGAAUGUGGCAAUGCCGGCAUCGACAGUAGUGAACACCUCCUCCUUGCCAACAGCCUUCAGUAACCUGUUGUCCCAUGUUAGCCAAACCCUGAGUCCUAGCAUCUGGAACAACAUCUCUCACCCCAGCUCGUUUAACCCUGACAUGCCGAAGCCCUCAACCAAUAAUGACCCUGUCUCGCAACCACUCUUCAUUACAACCCCUGGGGCAUUGUUUACCCCGUUGCCGCAUGAGACCAGCGCAACAUCACCUCCCUACACGUCCGCUUCUCCUGUCCCCACCACCACCCCCUCAGCGUCAAGCUCUCCCACCAUCUCUCCUAUUGGCAGCUCCCUAGCGCAGUGUAGCACAGUGGACUCGAUGGAUAAACCUUCACUGAGACCGAUAGGUACAGAGAGGGCGUGUCGUAGGGCCACGGCAAGUCCACUGCCUUCAAUGCCUGGGAUAUCGCCUCUGAUUGGAGGAGACGGCGCCCCGCCUCCAGGAGUGUGGAGCUACUCGUAUGCCCCAGAGCGCGCGGUUUCUGGCGGAUGGUCCACUGCUCCUGGUCACCAGGCUCCCUCGUCUCAGCUGGUUGGUAAUGGCGACUCGGUUCCAGUCCCUGAAUCAGAGCAAUUCGGUGUGAAUCCUGGAGACACUCUACAGAGCUUUCUAGAACGCCUCUCCCUCGGCAGCCAUCUGAGUCUGUUUCAGAAAAAUGAGAUCGACCUUGACGCCCUGAUGCUGAUGUCGGAGAAAGACUACGCAGACAUUGGGCUACCCAAGGGUCCCCGAGUCAAGCUCUUGAACAGCACUCGAAGACUGUACCCAGAGGUGAACGAGUUCAGCUCGGCAACCACGCCAACAUCGCCACCGCCACCUAACCCCCGUCCCGUGGGGAGGGCUGCGCGCUGGAGUCACCAGCCCCCAGAACCUCCCACGACAUUGACCACCACAGGGAUACCGUAUGGUAAUAAACGAAUCCCCGGUCGUGACGCUGAUCCAAACAAACAGCAACCCUGGAAAGCCUGGAGUAGAACUUCGGUGUAGACUUGUGAUGUGAUACUGCGACAAGGACUACGUUACGUUUGAUGUUACAUUGGGAAAAGUGUCGUAGACAUGCGCGACACUUGCACUGCUGUAAUAAUAAGUAAAUAAACCUGAAAAUUGACAUUG